AUGAGCAGCGACAGCGACGGCGACGAGGUGGACGCCUUCUCGGCCGUCCUGCGCAAGUUCCUGCCCGGCGGGCUGGGGGAGACGACCGAGGCGGUGACCACGCCGACGUCGGCGCGCGCGGCGCGGCCGUUCGACGCCGCCGCACCGGCGACGCCCUCCACCGCGACGGGCGGGCGGCGCGACGCGGCGCCGGCGACGCCCUCGACGCCUGGCGGGCGGCGCGACGCGGCGACGGCGACGCCCGCGUUCACGCACGACGCGGCGACGGCGACGCCCGCGGCCCCCGGCCCGAUCGACUUCCGGGACGGCGGCGGCGCGCUCGCGGCGAUGGAGCCGGACACGCCCGUCGCGCGCGGCACGCUCGAGGCCGUGCGGCGCGCCGUCGCGGACGCGCGCGACCGCCAGUUUAGCAUCGACGAGGACGGGCGGCGCGUGCGCGAGGAGGCCCUCGAGCGGGAGCGCGACGAGCACCGACGGCGCGCGGACGACCUGCAGCGCCGCGUCGAAGACCUGAAGAGCGACGCGGCGGCGCACGCGGCGCGCGCGGACCUCGACAACGAGCGCCUCCGCCGCGCGGCGGCCGACGCGGGGCUCGAGGCGCAGCGCCGCGACCGGAGGUCCCGACGGGCGGCGGCGCGGGCCGAGGUCGCCGCCCUCCGGUGCGUCGAGCGGGCCCUGAAGGGCGUGGCCGACGAGGUGAUCCGGACGCGGACGUCGUUCACGGAGGACCAGCCGCGCCUCGCCUGGCGCGCGUCGCCGCGCAAGGCGCGGCGGCGGCGGGCCCCGCGCUUGACUGACGAGGCGACGGCCCGGCUCGCCGUCCGGGGGCGCAACGCCGUGGCGGCCGCCGGCGCGGCGUUCUCGGCCGCGUACCGCCUCGACGGCGCCGCGCUCGAGGCGUUCCUCGCGGCGCGGGACCGCGCGCACGGCCUGGCGGUGCGCGAGAUCCUGGACGAGGCCGAGCGCCGCGCGCGCGCGCACCGGCGGACCUGGACGGAGGCCGUCGCCGAGCUCGUCAAGGCGCGCGACCGCGACGCCGAGCGCUCGGUCCAGCGGCGCAUGGAGCAGAUCCAGCGCCAGCUGCGCGCGCGGGACGCGGCGCACGACGACAAGGACCGGCAGCUCGCGCAGCGGUGGGCGGACCACGACGCGCUCCACGAGGCGCAGCUGGCCGAGGCGCAGCAGGCGCUCGACCAGUCGGCGGCCGACUACGCGCUGCUCGAGAACGAGCGGGACGCCGCCGCGCGCGACUCUGUGAGUCUGCGGGAGCGGCUCGCGGAGGCGGACCGCGACCGGGGAGCGCUCCGGGGGCGGCUCGAGGAUUUGGAGCGGGCGCUCGACGCCGCGCGCGCCGCCGAGCGCGCCGCCGAGGCCACGAUGGAGCGGCAGCGCGAGGUCGCGCGCCGCGAGGACGGCGAGUUCCUGGCGGGGAAGCGGGCCGCCGCGGCGGCGGAGGCGCGCGCCGCGGCGGCGGAGGCGCGCGCCGUCGAGGCGGACGGCCGCGCGGCGGCGGCGGACGCGAUGCGAGCGGCCGCGGAGGCGCGGGGCGCGGCGGCCGGGGCCCGCGCGGCGGCGGCCGAGGACGCGCACGCCGCGCGCCAGGCCAAGGACCGGCGGGCCGCCGCGGCGGUCGUCGAGGCGUCGCGCGCGGCCCUGCGGCGCGCCGAGGAGGACCUGACCGCCGUCACGGCCGCGCGCGACGACCUCGCGCGCCGCCUGCGCGCGGGCGACGCCGAGGCGGCGCGCGGCCGCUCGGACGCGGACGAGGCGCGCCGCGCCGCGCGGGGCGCCCGGGAGAGCGCCGCGGCGGCGGAACAGCAGGUCUUCGACCUCCGGGCGGCCAAGGCCGAGCUCGAGCACGCCCUCUCCCGGUCGCAAGCGGCGACCGGGGACGCGACCGCGGCGCUGGAGCGGCUCCGCGGCGACGUCGUGGCGGCGCGCCAGGAAGCGGCGGCGGCGACGGCGCGGCUCGGCGCCGACCUCGCCGCCGCGCGCGACGGCGCGGCGGCGGCCGCGCGCGACGCGGCGGAGGCCGCGCGGCGCGAGACGGCCGCGACGGGGACCGCGGAGCUCGAGCGGCUCCGGGGCGCGGUGCGCGUGGCCCGGAAGCGCGACGACGCGCGCAAGGCCGAGGUCGCGGCCGUGCGCGCGGCGGCGCGGCGCUCGCGCCGCGUCGACGACGCCUUCGCGGCGGCGGCGAACGCGCGGGCGCGGGCGCGCUGCGCCGCCGGCGCCGCCGCGUUUUUCCAGAAGCGGUGCGGCGACGCCGUCGCCGUGACGACGGCGCGCGGCGAGGUCGAGCGCCUCCGGCAGCGGCUCGACGACGAGCGCGCCCGCGGCGAGGCGGCGGCCCGCCGCGCCGCCGCGGCCGCGCGCGCGGCGCUCCGGCCCGAGGUCGAGGCGCAGCUGCGGCGGGGCCUGGCCGCGUCCGACGCCGCGCACGAGACCGCGCUGCGCCGCGCGCUCGAGGCGCAGGCCCGCGAGGCCGCGGCCGCGCUGGGCCGCGCCGAGGCCGCGCGCGACGACGCCGCGCGCCGCGCGCGGGACCUGGCCGCCGAGCUCGCGGCGCGCGACGACGCCCUGCGGGGCUACCGCGGCUCGCUGUCGGAGGUCACGCGCGCGGCGCGCGCGGCCUACGACUCGUGCCGCGCCGACGCGCCGGGCGACGACCGGUUCGAGGACGACCUCGUCGGCGACCCGGGCUUCCCGCCGCCGCCGCCCGAGCUCAUGCUCGGCAUCUAA